UCUUUUUCUAUUUCUUUGCAUUAUUUUUGCGUGAAAAAUUAUCCUAAGCUACAAUUCUUAGUUUAAAUUGUUGAAAAAAUGUCAGUUUUUCACACGGAUAUAGAUUUUGAUAGUAAAUUAAUUGAUUUGGUGCGUGCAAAUCCCAUACUAUACGAAAAGGAUUUAAGAACUACACCGUACAUGGACAUGAAAAAGAAAUUUGAGCUAUGGAGCCAUAUAGCUACGUCCUUGAAUCGCGACACAAAAUACUGCAUUCUGAGAUGGAAAAGUUUGCGCGCAAAGUACAGAAGAGAAAUGGUUAAAUUGGGCAAAGAGUCCGAUUGGGUUUUAUUUGACGAAAUGAAGUUCAUAGAGAGACACAUUAGAUACCAAUCAACUCAACGUAAUCUAAAAAGUCCGGAACAUCAAACGGUGCCAGUUAAUUACAGUAAUAUGGAUGCUGAACAACUCAUAGAAGAAGUUUUAGAUGAUGAUCCCUUGCAGGAGGCAAUGGAUGAACAAAAUAGCACUUUUACGCCCUUUAAAGACAAAUCCAUAAACUCUCCUCCUGCUAGUAUGGAAGCAAAUAAAGCCAGCACUAGUAGUCAUUAUAUGGGUACUAUGAAACGAAUUGAGGCCUUGCUGGAGGGCUUAGGUGACCAUAAUAGAUCUAAAGCGGAAAAACGUAUUGUGGCUUAUUUGUGCAAAUGCCAAUUGAAAUCAUUAAAUAAUGAAGAUGUGGACGAUAUUGACAUAUAAGUGGAAUAAAUAAUAUUAAUAAGCAAUGUUUAAGGUUUAAAAUAUUUCUGUCUAUUGUAAAUAUGACAUGAUGUAUCAAAUCUGAAGAUAUAUAUCUAGGCAUCUAUCUAUCUAUACUACUUUGCCAGUGCAUCAGCACGGCAUUCAGAGGAUACAUAAUUUAAUACAUACCAGGAAUAUCAAUAAAUUUAUGGGGAAAACUUGAAAAAAGAAUUGGAUAUUAGCAAAUAUCAUUGCUUUCCAUAACUUUCGAAAGGAAUA